CGUCGCGGCUGGCCGAUGGCGUACGAGGGCGACGACGACUGCGAUGUGCACAUGCCGCCGAAAGACUUUGAUUUAUGCGACCACGAGGACCCAACCGUGGAAGAGACGGCCGUGCUAGGGCUCUCCGAGUACCGCCCAGCCGAAGCGCCACGGGGCGAUGCAGCCGAGCAUGCCAAGACCAAGAUGGAAGAGUUGUACCUGUACAUUCAAACGAUCGAGCGAGAGAAGGAAGCACUGGGUCAUGACGUGGCAGAGUGGAAGGAGCGUGAGCUCAAGCAGCGGGCGGGCAACGUGGCGUUGACCAAGCGGAUCGAAGAGCUCGAGCGCGCGCUAGUCGACACCAGGCAACAAAAAGAUGUGCUCUGCCAGCGCGUCUUUGACGCGCAGCCGGCCAUGCGGGAGCUUGACGCUGGGCACAUACACGUGCUGCAGAGCCAACUCGAGGCGCUGCAGACGUCGCUCGACGAUGCAGAGCGAGCGCGGCAGAGCGCCGUCUUCAAGAUUAGCGAGCUCUCCAUGGGUGGAUCGCCCGAAAAAUCAACUCAAGACGAGUGGAUGAAGCAGUUCAAGCACGACCACGAGCUUCUUCUGCAACGCGCCAAGCUCAAUAUGGCGCAGCUACAAGAGCGUCACGUUAUUGAGAUGGACGUUGCUCUGCGCAAGCUCCGCCUUGAGCACGCUUGUGCGAUCGAGAAGCUCAAGCUAUCGCAUGAGAUGACGCUGGCCGAGUGGCGCCACGACGAGGCCCAACGCGGCAAAGAGAUCGAAAGUGCGAUGGAAGCCGACCGCCAUAGCACCCGGCUCGAAAUCAAGCACCACCUCCAGCACGCACAGAUCCAUCACCAAGUCGCAAUCGGGACGCGUGGGCUGCUUGUGGACGCACCAAGUCCGGACGACGAGCUGGUCGUCCGGCUCGCGCUGGACGGCCUCCGCGCCCGCCGCCUCGACGCUGUGAAGAAGCUGUGCCUGAUCCGGCACGCCUUCUGGCGCCACCACCUUCUGCGCCGAUGGUAUACGUGGCAACAUGUCGCUGGCACCGCGACCUACGUGCGGACCGCGGCGCGGCGAACGCUAUCGCGUUGCGUCCAGCGGCGGUCAGAGGAAGCCGCUCGCGCGGCAUUUCAAACGUGGCGCUUUGCCGCGUCGAGCGCGUCGCAACAAGGGUUACACACCGCCGUGAUGCAGCAAGUGCUCUCGGGCGAGCGUAUCCUGCGGUGGGUGGUCGCCAGAUGGGUAAGCAUAAAAGUGGUCGCCAGCUACCCAUCGCGUGCAACCCAAUCUAUUAUUCAACGUUGAACUAGCGCCGUCGCGUGCUCGUGGCGUUUUGGACUUGGAAGUCGCACAGCCUCGCCAGGGCCUCCGACGACAGUAGCGCGCUCAAGUCCGAGAUCACCAAGCUGCACGACGAGCUCGCCAAGACCAAAGCCGAGACGUGGCGAUGCAAGCGGCAGCUGCUCCAGCAAUUCAAGCAGUCGGCCAUGUAAUGCCGUAAGUAGUAGUAACCUAGCAAGCGGCCAACGUGGGAUCGCGCUUGCCAGUCACUGCCACCAUGGCGCCAUGCGCUCGCGCCAGUCGGCAUGGGGAUGAGCAUUGCGGUUGCAUCGAAGCGGCGCCGUCCGCUUCGCACAUGCACGCAGGUUGCGAGCGACACGUCGGUGCUGCAUGGAAGCCACGGCUGCGGCGCUGCUUCUCGUCGCGUGGGCCCCAAAUUUGUCACACAAUUUGCGGCUGCAACGGCA